AUGAAUACAUUUAUCAAACGCACUCAAAUACUAUAUCGUGUUAUAAAUAUAAAAUUCGUCGAAUCAUCAUUUAUUCCAUCCAUUUAUUCUUCUUAUUUUCUUCUUAACAACAAAACAAAACGUUUUCAAAGUACUACAACCAAAUUAAACAUGAGUGCCAACAAUACUCAGGAAACUAAACCAUUAUUUCAACGUUUAUCGCAAACAAUCGUACCGACACAUUAUGAUUUAACAAUCCGACCCUGUCUUGAUAAAUUUAAAUUUAGUGGCGAUGUCAAUAUACAUUUAAAAGUUAAAGAACCGACAAGUAGUAUUGUACUGUAUGCUGCUGAUUUAGAAGUUGAUAAUGCUAAAGUUAAAUCACCUUCCAACGAUGAAUUGCACGGUAAAAUUGAACUCGAUCAAGAAGGUGAACGUAUUACUGUCAAUUUCGAUCACAAACUUGAGAAAGGUGAAUAUGAAUUAGCAUUGAAUUUUUCUGGUGAAAUAAAUAAUCGUAUGCGUGGUUUCUAUCGAAAUAAAUAUACCACACCCGAUGGUAGUGAAGUUCGCUUUGGAGCGAGCACACAAUUUGAACCUGCAGAUUGUCGACGAGCGUUUCCAUGUUGGGAUGAGCCAAAUUUUAAAGCUACAUUUGAUAUAACAUUAAUUACACAGAAAAAUCUUUGUGCCAUUUCAAAUAUGCCGAUAAAAUCAGAAAAUGAAUUGACCGAUGAUAAAGAAUGGAAAGUAACAAAAUUCGAUCGUACACCAAUAAUGAGCACAUAUCUUGUUGCUUAUGUUGUUGGCGAGUAUGAUUAUGUUGAAACAAAAGAUUCGAAUGGUGUUAGUAUGAAAGUUUAUACACUCGUUGGAAAGAAAGAACAUGGACAAUUUGCAUUAGAUACUGCUGCGAAAAUUCUUCCAUUUUAUGCUGAUUAUUUUAAUAUCAAAUAUCCAAUUGCAAAAGCUGAUCAAAUUGCCAUUUCAGAUUUUGCCAUGGGUGCUAUGGAAAAUUGGGGUUUGAUAACCUAUCGUGAAACAGCACUUUUAAUUGAUCCAAAAUUUUCAUCAAUGGAUACACGACAACGUGUAGCUAUUGUGGUUGCUCAUGAACUUGCACAUCAGUGGUUUGGUAAUUUAGUAACCAUGGAUUGGUGGACAGAUUUAUGGCUCAAUGAAGGAUUUGCUACAUGGAUUGAAUAUUUGGCUGUUGAUAAAUGUUUUCCAGAAUUCGAUAUUUGGACACAAUUUGUUGCCGAUACUUUUGCACGAUUUCUUGUACCAGAUGCUUUAAAAUCAUCACAUCCAAUCGAAGUACCUAUUGGUCAUCCUGCUGAAAUUGAUGAAAUUUUUGAUGCUAUCUCAUACUCAAAAGGUUCAUCAGUUAUCCGUAUGUUACAUGAUUAUAUUGGCGAUGAUGCUUUCCGUAAAGGCCUUCAUAAUUAUUUAACGGAAUACAGUUAUAAAAAUACUGUUACUGAAAAUCUUUGGUCUCACUUGGCUAAAGCAUCAAACAAACCAGUCAAUGAAGUUAUGUCAUCAUGGACACUUCAAAUGGGCUAUCCACUUUUAACUGUAACAGAAGAACAAAUUAAUAAAACUCGUGUCAUUAAAAUAAAACAACAACGUUUUAUUGCUGAUGGUAGUGCUGAUGAUGAAAAUCUUCAAUGGAAAAUUCCCGUUACUGUUUUCACAAAAUCAAAUCCGAAACAAAUUGCUCAACAAAUAUUGCUGGAAAAACCUGAAACAACAAUUACAUUAGAUAACAUUCUUGAAGAUGAUUGGAUUAAAUUCAAUUAUAAUUCCAUUGGUCUUUAUCGUGUUAAAUAUGAAUUUGACACAUUGGCACGCCUCAAUGAAGCAAUAUCUAGCAAAACAAUAAGUCCACAAGAUCGUCUUAUGAUUCAAAAUGAUGUUGCUGCUUUAUGCAAUGCUGGACAUCAAUCGUUUGUUGAUUAUCUUAAAUUAUUACCAUCAUAUACAGAUGAAGAUAAUUUCACUGUAUGGAAAUCGAUUGCAUCAAAUAUUGGUGAUUUAACAUCAUUACUUGAAUAUACAAAUUAUUUUGGAGAAUUUAAAAAGUAUCGUUUAAAUUUAUUUUCAUCAAUACAAAAGAAACUUGGUUGGGACGCUGAUCAAAAUGAAAAUCCACUUUCAGCUAUGUUACGCCCAAUGAUAUUAAGUAUUGUUGGUAAAUCUGGCGAUCAAGAUGUAAUCGACGAAGCUAAAAAACGUUUUGAACGCCAUAUUGCUGGAGAUUUAAUUGAUCCUAACAUUCGUGGUGCUGUUUAUGUUAUUGUUGCACGUUAUGGAGAUGAAAGUACACAAGAAGCUCUUCGUAAACUAUAUUUUGCAGCUGAUAUGACUGAAGAAAAAGUUCGAUUACUUCGUUCAAUGGGCCAAUCAAUUAAACCAGAAAUAAUUGAAAAUACAUUGAAAUUUGUAUUCGAAGGCGAUAAUGUUCGAAUGCAAGAUUCAAUAUCAGGCAUUGUUGGUUGUACAUCAAGUUGUGAUGGUCGAGAUUUAGUUUGGAAAUUUUUACAAAAGAAUUGGAAAUCACUUGUUGAACGUUUUGGUGACAAGAGCAAUUUCCUUAUUGCUUUUGUUGAAUAUGGUUUGUCAGAUUUUGCGGACGAAAAAACGGCAAGUGAAAUAAAAUCAUUCUUUGAAUCAAUGAAUACACCUCUUGUUGCACGUCCAGUCAAGAAAGCACUUGAAACAAUUCAUAUGCGUUCUGAAGUACUUAAACGUGAUUCAAAAGCCAUUGAAGAAUAUUUAAAAAAGCAACAGUAA